CUUUGUCAUUGAGUGCUGCAGGAGUAGGUGGUACCUUGGCGUGGCUCCCCCACCCCUGCCGCCAUCUUGUAUUCCCUCCCUUCAGCACCGCCUCUUCUUUUUCUUUAUAAGGCUUCUUUCCUCGCCGCCUCUGCUUCCCGCCCUCCCUCACCUCACCACCAUCCGUCGUUCCUCUUCUAAAAUAUUCGGCCAAUAGACCGACCACCUGGCAGACCCAACGCCGCGACCACGACAACCUAGAACUGCGCACCGUCCUCCUACCUCCUCAUAUCCAUACAGGAAGCACAGUUAGACCGCAACGAUGCAGACCAAGACCAUCGCUACCAUCCUGGCCACCGCCGCCGUCGGCGUCAGCGCCCAGAACGAGACUGCCACGGGCAAACUUGGUGACGCCUUGGUUGUCUCCAACAACCCUCCUGGCGUCGUCUAUGUCGCAACUUUGCCCGAGGUUGCCUGGACCAAGGGCUCGGCCUAUGCCGACGGCGGCAAUGCGAAGGGUCACGUCUCGGCUGUUGCUAGCCCCGACGGUGUCGGUGUCAUGUUCACCGUCCACUUCUCCAACCUCCCCAAGGAGGGUGGUCCUUUCAAGUACCACCUUCACGUUGCGCCGGUCCCCGAGAACGGCAACUGCACCGCCACGCUGGCGCACCUGGACCCCUUCCUUCGUGGCGAGAACCCGCCUUGCGACUCGUCGGCACCGGAGAAGUGUGAAGUCGGCGACCUGAGCGGCAAGUGGGGUGAGGUGAAAUCGGACCCUUUCACGGCCACCUACACGGACAAGUACGCGUCGACAUUCGAGGGCAUCGGCGCCUUCUUUGGCAACCGCAGUCUCGUGUUCCACUAUGCCAACAAGACCCGCAUCACCUGUGCCAACUUCAAGAAGGUUGAGGGUGGCUCGGGCGGCAGCCAGCCUCCCAAGCCUGACGCGGAUGACUGCACAUCUACAACGGCAAUGGCCGCCUCAUCCACCAUGGCCACGUCGGCGCUGGCGACCCUGUCCCCGACCAUUCCCUCCAACACCACGGGCCUCCCGACCACGUCCCCAACUAUGCCGGUGACUGCCGGUGCCGCGCUGCCUGGCAUGGCAACGGCGGCGGGAGCAGUGGCCAUGCUGGCGGCCGUCGCGUUGAACAUCUAAACCGCCAUGGAGGGGCCUCGAAAAUGGGAAAGAAAAGAAACAGAAGAAAAAUAUCUGGGGGUUGCUUGGGCACAGCGGCGUCGGGCGUUAAAAGGGGUCAAGGGUUGACCUCGUUUCUUCUCAGUCAGGUUGACUGAUACCGGAUCGGCUAGAGACGGUUUUGGGAUGUGUUUUUUUUCCCUUGCUCUUUACUCUUCUUCCUUCCCUUCUCAUCCUUAGAUCCUGUUUGGUCGGGUGAGGCUCGGUAGCCUCGCAUGUCGGUAGAAAGGAUCAACCGCCUCGUACCUCAAGGGGCGGCUGCGGAGGAGGGCUGUAAUGUUAAUUGGCUGCUUGCCUUGUCACAUGAGAGCAUAAGUUUAGUUCGAAAGUGAUAGCACGAGUAGAUAGUUCUAAUUCGAGAAAACAUGGCUCAAGAGAAGGCGGUUGACGUCUGCCAAUGUGGUUUUGUGCUCG